AUGCAACACGCCGCGAGGGACACCUCGCCGAUGGUGGAACGCCCCGUGAAUACGGCGGCGGCGGCGACUCAGGGAAAAGAGACCCGCAGCGUCAGUGGCAGCACGCUGCCCGUCUCCGACCUCGACCCGACGACGCGGCAGCUGCUGGAGGAGAACGAGGGCAUGCUGUACCGCAUCAGCACCUUGACGCGCGAGCUGCAGGCGGCGAAGGCGGAGAUACAAGGGCUGAACGCCGCCGUCGCGGAGAAGAACAAGGAGGUGGAGGCGAUGCGGGAGAAGCUCGAGGGCGCCAACAUAACCGCCUGUGACGCGUCUGGGCGUGUCAUUAACUACAAGGCCGAGUGCGAGCGACUGAUCGCGACAAACAAGACUCUAACGGAGGAUUACGAAAAAGUCCGCUUGGAGUUGGAUCAGCGAACGGAGGACAUCCGCCAGGCCACGGACAGGAAAAAUGCCGACAGCGCGCGGAGGGCAACGGCGAGGUCUGAGGAGCAGUUCUGCGGCGAGGUGUUGAGUUUACUGUCCUCGGUGGACUUCAUUGCGCCCAGCUUGCGGCGCUGCACCGUGGACGUCGCAGACCGGGAGCGCGCGCUGGAUAAUGUGCAGAAGGAGCUUGCCUUGCUGCAGCGAAGCGUUGACGCUGCAGAGCGUCUAAAUCAUGAGGAAAAAAACGUCGUCGAGGAAGUCCUGUCUGCUGCCCGCGGAAAGAAGAGCAUCCAGUCAACUAGAGACGCCACGACUCUAAUUCGGUGGAUGGUCUCGGAGGGGCUUCUCUCUGGAAUGGAAGCCACGGAGAAGAACCUGGAGGCCGUCAAGACCCUCCUGACGAGCCACACGGAGGGAGGCAAGAAAAAUGCAGCGGGUGCAGGCGAGGAAAAGGCUACCCGUCCUUCAGCAACGAGUGGGGGUCGGCGUUUUUUUCAACGCCCGUCGAGGUAG